AACGGUCAUCACCCUCUCAACAAAACGUCCUCUCUCCUUUCCCUCUCUGCCCAACAUUUGAACUCUUCUCUUCUCUCUCUCUACAGUACGCACUCAGUACUCUCUCUUUUUGCUGUUGAACAGAAGAAGAAGUCAAGAGAAGGAAUCAACAGGAAAAAGAAACCAUGAAAUCAACUACAGACAGCAGCGAUAAUCGUUUCGUGGGAAGGAUAUCAACAUCUUCCCUUCGUAAUUUGCUUCCCAGAUCCAUCUCCUCCAAGCAUAAGUCCACCUCCAACUCUAAAUUCUCCAAACUUUUCAACUCCGAGAAUACCCCUCCGCGGGAUCCAAACGUCCAAUUCAACGAUCCUCCGCUCUCACCUUGUAUCCUCAAACCAUCGCUUUCCAAAUCCUUUACUUCCAUCAAUGACGCUGCCAGAUCCGACGCUUCUUCCUUCCAAGACCCGCCGCUCAAGGGUGAUGUUUCCGUAUCGGACGGUCAGAGUGAACCACCAGUAAGUUUCGAUCCGCCGGUGAAGGUUGUGGUGAGAGUUAGGCCUGUAAAUGAUCACGAAAGAGAGGGUGGAGUGACAGUAGGCAAGGUCUCUUCCAAUUCAUUAUCCGUUGGUGACAGAAAAUUUACCUUUGAUUCGGUUCUCGACUCCAAUUCAAACCAGGAAGAAGUCUUCCAGUUAGUUGGUAUACCUUUGGUUAAAAGCGCGUUAGCAGGUUAUAAUACUUCAAUCUUGUCAUAUGGACAGACUGGAAGUGGAAAGACGUACACAAUGUGGGGUCCACCGAGUGCAAUGGUUGACGAUACCUCACCCAAUAGUCAGCAGGGUAUCGUUCCUCGCAUCUUCCAAAUGCUAUUCUCAGAAAUUCAAAGAGAGCAAGAGAGCUCUGAAGGGAAGCAGAUACAUUAUCAGUGUAGAUGUUCUUUCCUUGAGAUAUACAAUGAUCAAAUUGCGGACUUGCUGGAUCCCGUGCAAAGAAAUCUUGAGAUAAGAGAUGAUCCUAAAAAUGGAUUGCAUGUUGAGAACUUGACUGAGGAGUAUGUGAGUAGCUAUGAGGAUGUAACACAAAUAUUGAUCAAGGGGCUUUCAAGUAGAAAAGUUGGAGCAACAAGCAUAAAUUCUAAGAGCUCUCGAUCCCACGUUAUGUUUACUUUCAUCAUUGAGUCCUGGUGCAAGGGAAGCUCAUCAAAAUGUUUCAGUAGUUCAAAGAUUAGCAGAAUCAGCCUUGUUGAUCUUGCCGGACUGGAUAGAAGUAAACCAGAUGAUGCGGGUAGACAAUAUUUAAGGGAAGGAAAAAAUAUCAAGAAGUCCCUAUCACACCUCGGGAAAUUGGUUAAUGCUCUUGCAAAAGGAGCUGAACCAGUGAAAUUUGAAGUUGCGCCAUAUAGGGGAUCUUGUUUAACACAUUUGCUACAAGAAUCACUUGGUGGCAAUGCAAAACUCACAGUUAUAUGCAACAUCUCUCCAGAUAAUAGACAUAAUGGUGAGACAUUGAGGACGCUCAGAUUUGGGCAGCGAGUUAAAGUCAUACAAAAUCAGCCAGUAAUAAAUGAAAUAUCUGAGGAUGAUGUCAAUGAUUUGAGUGAUCAGAUUCGCCAAUUAAAGGAAGAACUUAUAAGAGCAAAAUCAGAUGUGCAUAAAUCAGUUGGGAAUAAAAACGGAUACUUUAAAGGACGGAAUCCGCGUGAAAGCUUGAACCACUUGAGAGUAAGCCUUAAUCGCUCUUUGAUGUUACCCAACAUCGAUAAUGAUUCUGACAAUGAAGUGAAUUUUAACGAGGAUGAUGUGAAAGAAUUACAUGAUCAGCUCAAUAAAUUGAAUAAUUCUUACGAGGAGGACUCAAAAGGUCUAUCUGACACAAGAAACUCUAGUCGCUUUUCUUCUUUAGAUGAGAAUUUUGAGACAGAUUUGAUGAGUGAAGAAGAAGAAGUAAAUGGUCCAAAUGAAAUUCAAACUGAAGAACUUAACUUGGAGAAGCAUGAGAAGGACAUUGUUGCGUUAGAAGAUAACCUUUCAAGUACAAAUAAUACCUCAAAGCCAACUGAGCCAUCAGUUAGAAAUAGCAUAUCUAUCAGUUUAUGCCGUCUUUCUCCAGUUCUCCAAGAGCCAACAUUGUCCGAGUCUCCUAAAAUUGGAAAUACUAGGAAAAGUGUGGCCAUUUCUUCGUCAGCAUUUUCAACAAGUCAGAGCAAUGUGUCGCCGACUGACAAGUCAGAUGUAUUGUUCCAGUCACUUAGGCGAAGUGAGAACACUCGAUCAUCUUUGCGUUCAAGCAAGGUGUUUCCAGGCCCUACUGAGUCCUUGGCUGCUAGCCUUCAAAGAGGCUUACAGAUUAUUGACCAGCAUCAGCGGAACUCAGCAUUGAACAGAUCUUCAGUUGCCUUCUCCUUUGAGCACUUGGCACUCAAACCCUGUCCAGAAGUUGAUGCAACAUGCUGUUCUCCUCAAAAGCUAGCAGAAGAAGCACCAUCAUCUGGUGGAUCAUCUACUGCUUUGCUAUGUGCAUCUUGUCAACAAAAGAUCAAUGACAAUCCGAAUGAGCUUCAAGAUAGCCUGAAUGCAUGGAGUUUAGCCGUCAAUGAAGCAAGAAAUCCUAACGAACUGUCAGAUCAGGAGGUGGAAGGCAAUGGUUUGGUAGAAACCCAUAAGAGAGAACAGGAACUUGAAAAUAUAUGCAAGGAUCAAGCAGCUAAAAUUGAGCAGCUAAAUCACCUGGUAGAGCAGUACAAACUCAAGAUCCAUGAUCUAGAAGGUGAUGGACUUUGUCUUGAGGGCUCAAAGAAUCAAAUAAUACUGUUUGAGGAAUCCAAAAAUGAAGCAUCGAAAGAUCAAAACAAGGAAGUUCAGGAAGUACUGGAUCAUGAGAAUACACAUUUUGAUAUAAAGGAGAAGGAAACACUUCUUCAAGAAAUUCAAAGUUUAAGGAACCAGUUGAAGUCAUAUACUGAUGCUUCUGCAAAAAGAUCCAUUGGGAAACUGAGAUCUUCUUUAUUAGCACAAUCCAUUCAACUAUACAAAAGUACAGAUGCUUUAAGUGGCAACGAGGAAGAACUUGAGAAAGAAAGGCAGAGAUGGACAGAAAUGGAGAGUGAGUGGAUUUCUAUAACUGACGACCUAAGGAUUGAUCUUGAAUCCAGUCGUCGGCGCACAGAGAAGGUAGAGAUGGAGUUGAAAUUAGAAAAGAAGUGUACUGAGGAGUUGGAUGAUGCACUUAGCAGGGCUGUCCUUGGCCAUGCUAGAAUGGUUGAACACUAUGCUGAACUACAAGAGAAAUAUAAUGAUUUGGUUGGAAAACACCGCGCAAUCAUGGAGGGAAUAGCAGAAGUCAAAAGGGCAGCAGCAAAGGCAGGAACCAAAGGUGGCGCUCGCUUUGCCAAAUCACUUGCAGCUGAGCUCUCUGUCUUAAGAGUGGAGAGGGAAAAGGAGAGAGAAUUCUUGAAGAAAGAGAACAAGAAUCUCAAAAUACAGCUUAGAGACACUGCAGAAGCUGUUCAUGCUGCUGGAGAACUCCUUGUUAGACUCAGAGAAGCUGAGCAUGCCGCCUCAGUUGCAGAGGAAAAUUUCAACGAGGUGCAGCAAGAAAAUGAGAAAUUAAAGAAGCAAAUAGAGAAAGCAAAAAGAAAACACAAGAUGGAGAUGAUCACCAUGAAACAGUAUUUAGCAGAAAGCAAAUUACCAGAAUCUGCACUGCAGCCAUUGUACCGGGAAGAUUCUGAGAUAACCCAUAACACAGUUACUUAUGAUGAUCAGGCAUGGAGGGCAGAAUUUGGAGCAAUAUAUCAGGAGCAUUACUGAGUCGUUCUAAAACUUUAUUUCCCCAUUAUUGAGAAUUUGGCCGACUGGAUCCUACUUGGAUCCAAGCUAUACGCACUGAAUACAUUAUUUAUUUAUUUGUUUGUUUUUAUCUUAAA